CCCCACCCCGCAGCGCGCGGCCGCCCCGUAGCAUGGUGCGGGGCCUCCGGCUGCGCCAUGGGCGAGCGGCUGGAGCUGCGCCUCAAGUCGCCGGUGGGAGCCGAGCCCGCCGUGUACCCGUGGCCGCUGCCCGUCUACGACAAACACCAUGAUGCUGCUCAUGAAAUCAUUGAGACAAUUCGGUGGGUCUGUGAAGAAAUCCCAGAUCUCAAGCUUGCUAUGGAAAACUAUGUUCUAAUUGACUAUGACACAAAAAGCUUUGAAAGCAUGCAGCGGCUGUGUGACAAGUACAACCGCGCCAUCGACAGCAUCCAUCAGCUGUGGAAGGGAACCACCCAACCGAUGAAGCUGAACACGCGUCCCUCCAACGGGCUGCUCCGGCACAUCCUGCAGCAGGUGUACAACCACUCGGUGACCGACCCCGAGAAACUCAACAACUACGAGCCCUUCUCCCCGGAGGUGUACGGAGAAACCUCCUUCGACUUGGUGGCCCAGAUGAUAGAUGAAAUUAAAAUGACAGAGGACGAUCUCUUUGUUGACUUGGGCAGUGGUGUGGGUCAGGUGGUGCUUCAAGUGGCCGCGGCCACGAACUGCAAACAUCACUAUGGUGUGGAGAAAGCUGACAUUCCAGCCAAAUACGCUGAGACGAUGGACAGAGAGUUCAGGAAGUGGAUGAAAUGGUAUGGGAAAAAACAUGCAGAAUACACACUGGAAAGAGGUGACUUCCUCUCAGAAGAAUGGAGAGAGAGAAUUGCAAACACAAGUGUUAUUUUUGUGAAUAAUUUUGCCUUUGGUCCUGAGGUGGAUCACCAACUGAAGGAGCGAUUUGCCAACAUGAAGGAAGGUGGGAGAAUUGUGUCCUCAAAACCUUUUGCACCUCUAAAUUUUAGAAUUAACAGUCGAAACUUGAGCGAUAUUGGCACUAUAAUGAGAGUCGUGGAGCUGUCCCCACUGAAGGGCUCUGUGUCGUGGACCGGGAAGCCAGUCUCUUACUACCUGCAUACUAUUGACCGAACCAUACUUGAAAACUAUUUUUCUAGUCUCAAAAAUCCAAAACUCAGGGAGGAACAAGAGGCAGCUAGACGUCGUCAACAGCGAGAAAACAAGAGCAACACAACUACUCCAACGAAGGUUCAAGAAAACAAGGAUUCUGGUGCUGAAGAAGAAAAAGCUGGGGCAAAUGCUGUUAAAAAGCCAUCUCCCUCUAAAGCACGGAAGAAAAAGCUGAGCAAAAAAGGAAGGAAAAUGGCAGGCAGGAAGCGAGGGCGUCCCAAGAAAAUGAACACUGCAAGUACAGAGCGCAAGACCAAGAAGAACCAAACUGCACUAGAUCUUCUGCAUGCUCAAACUGUGUCACAGACAUCUUCAUCCUCUCCUCAGGAUGCAUACAAGUCACCUCAUAGUCCAUAUUACCAACUACCUCCUAAAGUGCAACGGCAUUCAUCCAACCAGCUGCUGGUGACACCCACCCCACCCGCACUACAGAAGCUGCUAGACUCUUUUAAGAUCCAGUACAUGCAGUUCAUGGCAUACAUGAAAACUCCUCAAUAUAAAGCAAGUCUGCAACAGCUGCUGGAGCAGGAGAAGGAGAAGAAUGCACAGCUACUGGGGACGGCACAGCAGUUAUUCACCCACUGCCAGGCACAGAAAGAGGAAAUCAAACGUCUUUUUCAGCAGAAACUUGAUGAGUUGGGAGUGAAGGCUCUGACAUACAACGACCUGAUUCAGGCUCAGAAGGAAAUCUCUGCUCACAAUCAGCAACUGAAGGAACAGACCAAGCAGCUGGAGAAGGAUAACAGCGAACUCAGGAACCAGAGCCUGCAGCUGCUGAAGGCACGUUGCGAAGAGCUGAAGCUAGAUUGGUCCACACUGUCACUGGAGAACUUGCUGAAGGAGAAGCAGGCGCUGAAGAAUCAGAUUUCUGAGAAACAAAAGCACUGUUUGGAACUGCAGAUCAGCAUUGUGGAACUUGAGAAAAGCCAAAGGCAGCAGGAGCUCAUGCAGCUGAAAUCGUACACGCCGUCGGAUGAGUCAAUGUCAGUGCAGCUACGGAAUAAAACCCAUCUGAGCCGCGACCCCGAGGCCGAUCACGGCAGGUUCCAGCUGGAGCUCGAGUGCUCCAAGUUUCCUAUGCCCCACGUCAAUGGCAUGAGCCCCGAGCUGUCCAUGAACGGCCACGCUGCUCCCUAUGAGAUUCACAACACUUUCAGCAGGCCGUCCUCCAAGCAGAACACCCCUCAGUACAUGACCUCUCAUCUGGACCAAGAGAUAGUUCCAUGUACCCCAAACCACGGCAGGCAGAAGGCGGACAGGAUGGCGAGCUUGUCCUUACCCGAUUACACCAGGUUUUCCCCUGCUAAAAUAGCACUAAGGAGACACUUGAAUCAAGACCACGCAGUCAAUGGAAAAGCAACAACGAAUGAGAUACAGAGAGCUGACCACGUCAAAGAGAAUGGCCUUACAUAUCCAAGCCCUGGUAUUUCCAAUGGCAUCAAGCUGAGUCCUCAGGAAACUCGGCCCUCCUCCCCAGCGGCCUUACCGAUUGCAGGCGAGAAGGUUUUGAGAGAGAGGACCUCUGUGAGUAAUGGAGAAACUAUCACCAGCCUACCCAUCAGUAUUCCUCUCAGCACAGUGCAGCCCAAUAAGCUCCCAGUUAGCAUCCCUCUGGCCAGCGUAGUCCUGCCUAGCCGUGUUGAGAAGGUGAGAAGCACACCUAGCCCAGUUCAUCAGAGCAGAGACUCAUCGACACUUGAAAAGCAGAUUGGUGCUAGUUCUCAUAAUGGUGUAAGCAAUGCUGCUGGAAACAAGCCACUGGCUUUGGCUACCUCAGGUUUUUCUUACUCUUCUGGCUCCGUGGCAGUCAAUGGAAAUCUUACAAACAGCCCAGCCCAUCUUAACCAUAGUGUUGAUCAGGCAGCUCUGGACGACUCCGGGAGUCUGUUUAACUCAGUAGGGUCUCGGAGUUCCACUCCACAACAUCCUUUGCUAAUGAUGCAGUCGAGGAACUCUGGGCAAAGCUCCCCUGCUCACCAGCACUCAGCAAGCCCCAGGUUAAAUGGCACCUCCCAGAGCCUGGUAGGGGGAUUGCACUAUGCAGAUGCUCAGAAGAUGUUUGCCGAAGGAUCAAAGGGGGAUCUUCAGUCUGAUGCAGCAUUUUCAGAUCCUGAGAACGAGGCCAAGAGAAGAAUCAUCUUUACGAUCUCUCCUAAUACAGGACAUGUAAAACAAUCCCCUUCCACCAAGCACAGCCCUCUGCCCGCGAGCGCUCGGCUGGACUGCGGCCCAGCACACGCGCAGGACGGGAAGAAGCGCGGCCGGCGGAAGAGAUCCUCCACCGGGAACCUCAGCGGGAGCUCCGGGGUCUCCCCCAAACGCAAAUCCUUGCCCACUGUGUCUGGACUCUUUACGCAGCCGUCAGGUUCACCGCUCAAUAUCAACUCCAUGGUCAAUAACAUUAACCAGCCUUUAGAAAUAACAGCCAUUUCCUCUCCUGAAAACUCCCUGAAGAACUCUCCUGUUCCUUACCAGGACAACGACCAGCCCCCGGUACUGAAAAAGGAAAAGCCCCUCACUCAGACCAACGGCGUUCACUACUCCCCUCUCACGUCAGACGACGAGCAGGGAUCCGAAGAUGAGCACAACAGCACCCGGAUCGAGAGGAAAAUUGCAACGAUAUCGCUGGAAAGCAAAUCUCCACAGAAGACUGUUGAAAAUGGUGGCAGCUUAUCUGGGAGGAAACAAGCACAACCCAACGAGAACAUGAACAGCAGUAAAUGGAAAUCGACUUUCUCACCAAUAUCCGACAUCAACCUGACCAAAACCACGGACAGUCCCUUGCAGUCUGUGUCGUCUCUGAGCCAGAAUUCGCUGUUUGCCUUCAGGCCGUCCUCCGAGGACGGCCUCGCCAUGGACGCCAAGAUGACGGCGCACGCGAGGAAAGGCAUGGCCCUGCCCUCGUCGGGGGCAGACGGGCUCAGCCCCAGCACAAACCCCACCAACGGGUUCGCCUACAACGGUGGGCUGUCGACUGACAUUGGUUUACACAGCUUUAUCGAUGGUGCUUCUCUUCCACACAAGGCCUCGGACGGGACGGCUGCCGCCUGCGCUCUGGGUUUCCAGUCGCAGCGGAGCAAAGAUGUGGGGAUAUCGGAAACAAAUCCUUUCUUGAACAAGAGGCAGCUCGAAGGCCUCGGCAGCGCCAAGGGGGAAGACCUCAACCGUGCGGGAGUGAAAAGCAAAGAGAUGAGCGAGAUGAGCAUUCGUACGGGGGGUUCUUCGGAGAAAAACUCUUUGCAGCAUAACGGAAAGGUCGGCAAAGGAAGGGACCGAGACGUGGAGUUUAAAAACGGCCAUAACCUUUUCAUUUCUGCUGCUGUUUCGUCUGGUGGCCUUCUGAAUGGGAAAAGCCUUUCUACUGCUGUUUCUUCAGCAGGCAACCCAGCAUCGUCUGUGCAGACGCACCAUCCCUUCCUCAACACUUUGACCACUGGAUCGCAGUUCCCCCUCGGCCCCAUGGCCUUGCAAGCCAACCUCAACUCGGUGACAAACUCCUCAGUAUUGCAGUCCCUAUUUAAUUCCAUGCCAGCUGCUGCCAGUCUGGUCCACGUGUCGUCAGCUGCAACCAGACUGACUAAUUCUCACACUAUGGGGAACUUCUCUCCUGGGGUUACAGGUGGAACAGUUGGAGGUAUUUUUAACCAUGCGGUGCCUUCUGCCUCCUCUCCUCAUCAGUUUGGAGCCAGUUUCAGCAGCAGUGCUGUCUCUAGCAGCACAGUGCUAAGCUUAAACCCCCUGCAGGCUGUUGCCAGCACCUCAUCCUCAUCCUUCCCACCCCCCUCUUCUAAUUUAGUAACAUCUAGCGAGAAUAGAGCCUCUCAGCACCUCAACAGAGCGCCAGUGCAAUCUGUUUUCCAUCCCCCUCCGCCCCCUCCUAACGUUUCCUUGCCCCCACCUCCCCCCCUGCUCGCUUCUAACCCCGACCUCCUGCACAGCCCAUCCAUCCCGCCCGGCGACGCUUUCAUGCCCUCCUCUUCCGCCGCUUCCGUCCAGUCUAACACCGCUCUGUCUAUCAAGCUCGCUUCCCUGCAGCACAAAACCUCCCGCCCCUCCUUUACCGUCCACCACCCCCCCCUGCCCCGCUCGGCGCUGGCACAGUCCGUGCCCCCGAUGGCGCAGCCCACCGCCGCCGGCGCGCCCGCCGUGUGGGUCACGCUUGGCAUGCAGCCUCCUUCCGCUUCGCACCUUUCUGGGGUUAAGCCGCGAUAAAGAGCUUGCUUAGCUAACGGUUCUUAUGUUGUAAGGUAAGGCUAGAGACUGAACCCCAGGAGUGGUGUGCGAGAUGCUGAGUGAUGCUUCUUCCUCUGCAGAGAGGGUGGGCACGGGCUGUGAGACGGAAACCUCUGAGCGCGGGUGGCAGAGGGAGGAGAGCUCCGUGCUGCCUGGCCUGGGAGUCAGGAUUUCUCGACAAGGAGUGCUGACUGCUCUGUCUCGUGGGCACUGGGGUUUUGUUCAGGUCGGGAUCGCUCCCUGCAUACGUUUACUUCCGAAGAUCAGCAGUCAGGAGGAAGAGUCUUUAUCCGUGAUGGUUUUUACAGCAUUAUCAGCUGUGGUUUCCCCUCCAGCGCAGGGCAGGGAGGUGGAAGCGGACCUCUCUUUAAGAUCCCCUCCAACCUAAGCCAUCCCACGAUUCUAACGCAGAUGUUGCUCCUUCCACAAGUCUGUCUUCCCGUGGCACUGGGGCGGGUGACGCCGCUCCCACCCUCAGCCCCCAACAGCUGCUCUCAAUAACCAGAAAGUUCCAAACCCUCCAGGUCCCAAGCUGCAGCUUCGGAGUGCCAAUGCACUGCUGGUGCUCUGCAGUCAGCGCACCCCCUGCAUCCCCAGGGCACAGACACAGGUAGCAGAGAGGGGUUGGAAUUUGCAGCAGAGAUGAGGAAAACCGAGAAGCCAGUCAGCACUGCAGCUUGAUUAGCACACAGUGACAGUCUCCAUCAUUGCUGCGUUAUGCUCGCUUGGCAAUUGCUCGCUCCCUGGGUAGACUGUAGGGGAUGUGCAGGGUUUGCUGCUCCGUGCUUCGUAAGGGCUGGGGCUGCAGGAGAGAGGAGGGUCUCUGGAGGCUGUACUCAUAUUUCUACUGAAGCACUACUGAAAUGCCUUUAGAAUAAAGCGCACCGGCACGGAGUUGGGUACUGUUGUUCCGAGAAAUGCUCCGUGGCAUCGUGAUGUAACAGCUCGGGAUCGCAGAGCUCCGGCAGCGUGAGGGCCCCGAGCUCGCUCCGUGCUUUUCCUGUAGGUCGUUGAUGUUGUCGCUGUUCACUGAUCCCCAAAAGCUGCGUAAAAUCCAUGGUUGAAAACUCUUUGCCGCUUAUAAAACCUAUGCCUCAAUUACAAGAUCCCUGAGAGAUUCUUUUGGCUGUGCGUGGUGUGUAGCGCCUUCGCCGCCAAGUUGCUCGGCGGGCACAAGCGUAGUCCCCAUAGGCCUUGGCGAGGCAGGUAAGUGCCACCUCGGCCCCACGGAGCAGAGAGGUCGAGGAAGAGCUUGACAUCCCCGUGCUGUGGCCGCGGUGACACUGGUGUGCUGAUGGGGUGGGCUGGGUAGGAAAGAGCUGAGGGAGGAGGAGGAGGAGGAGGAUUGGGGCUCUGUGUACCCGAGUGGCUCCAGGGAGCAGUGGGAAGGUCUUCUGCUGAAGGAGAUGCUGGGGUGUUGCUGGGCCUGCCUCCGUCCCAUCGGCUGUGCCUCACCAUCCCACAGGGUGCUUCUGCUGGGCAGAGCGGGGCCGGCACGCGGCUGAAGUCCAGUGAGAGGUGCCUGGAGGUGUUCUGAGGAGCAGAGGGGCAGCAGCAGCCCUCCCAGGAGCUGCUUUGUGGCACACGGGUGCUGCUCCGCGUGAUGGAGGUCAAAUAUUUGAGCCUUUUCCCCGACUUCAGCAUAAAUGUGCUCAGAGCCCUUGCUGGAAUCCAGAACUGAGGGGCUGAAACGAUCCGCUUAAUUUCUCCUCCAUAGGGUAAUAACAACUUCAGAGUGUAUCAGUGGGUGCUAGAAAAGGGUGAAGGCCCACGUGGGCGAGCAGAGACCUUCCUCCUGCCCCGGUGGGGUCCGACCCUCGGGGGCCUCCUCCCAUCUGACCAUGGUUGGGUCAACGCUGUUGGGUCAACGCUGUUGGGUCAACGCUGUUGGGUCAACGCUGUUGGGUCAACGCUGUUGGGUUGACUCUUCCUCCUUCGCUGGCUGAGUCGGUCUCGGAGCAAUGUAGAAAAUGAUUGACACGUCUGACACGCUGUGGAUUUUGUCAUUGAGAUGAGUCUCUUCCUCUCCUGUUGUGCAGGUAACUAGGAUUUCUACCUCAACCCAAUGUGACCUAUGCAAGGACAACGUGGACCAACUUCACUCGGCUUCCACUGAAAGGUGCUCACUGGCCUGUGCAGGGGUUCUGCUCUUACUACUGGACAAAACACAAACCUAAAAAGACCUAAACAACAGAGAAAAUAAUAUUUACUGUGAAUCUGAGUUUAAAAAAAAAAAAAAGAAAAAAAAAAAGGAAGAAAAAAAAAAAAGCAAAAGAAAUACUUAAGGCUCCAGUUUGUAUUGUUGAUAGCUUAGGUAAAGUAUUUAUCUUUUUUAACGUGAAAAUAAUUUUGACUUAUUUUAUUCCACCCAGAGUCAUAAAUACAACUCGUGGUUAAAUUCUCUGAAUAACUAAGGACUGGCACACCAGCAGAGAUGUAAAGAGCCUCUUCUCGGUGCUAUUUCAUCCGUCAGAACUGUGCCUCUAGUUUGAUCCUUGGUGCUGAAUUUGGAGGGUUGACCAAUGCCAAACCCAGUUCUCAGACAGGUCUGCUUUUAUUUAUUCACCUUCCUCUGUUCAUAUCCCAAAUCCACUUGGUUUACGGCCACGUGUGCUGCGGCAGUCUUCCAUCCGGCGGUUCGCUCCGAGGAGAACCGAGCCGCUGGGUGGGUUUUAAUUGCAUUUGGACAAACGAGAGCUCCCGCUCCACUCAAGGAGCAGUGGGAUCCCGGGCAGCUCGGUUGAGCAGCAGGGAUCCGAGCCCUGCCCCGUCCUGGGCCAUCUGCAGGCUGUGAAUUUCAGUAGCUGGUCUGGUCACUUUGGGAGGGCACUGGUGUAUGAACAGGGUGCGUGAUGGCUGGGAUCGGUCAGGCCCUCGAGAUGACGUUGGGAAGGCUGAACAUAGCUCUUCUGUACCGGUGCAGGUCGAUCUUUGCAGCUCGUUUUCGUUCCGAGUACAAUGUAUUUUGUUGGUAGAGCUUUUCGAUACUUGAUCCAGAAAUGGCUUAGACGUCUACGAAGUGCAUUUUGCUUUUUUGUAUUUCUUUGCUUUAAGUGGAUCCGAGUGGUAGCUCAACAACGCCGCGAUCUCGCUCGCCGUGCUGCCCCUGGUGCAUUGAGCUGGUGCAUUGAGCUGGUGCAUUUCGUUGUAUUGUGACUCGGUGUUCUGUGUACAGAAAGCGCCGCUCGGAGCAGCGGCUGUAUUUUAUAGAGAUGUGAUGAAAAUUUAUAAAUUUCAUAUACUUUAUUUCCUUUAUUUUUUAGACUGUACAGUGCACAGUAAACGUGUAAAAACUUAUUUAUUCAAGUGCACAAAAUGAGGAGAAAGACAACCCGUUGUGUAGGCGUCACCCAGUCUGUAGUCCAGACUGGACCCAGCACCAAUCAAGGAAACUACAGUCAAAGAAGGGGAAUUGCAGCAGCAGGAUGAUGGGAAGGGAGGCACGCUGAGGCCCUGGGGACACCUGCUGGGUGCUCAGACUCGAUGGGGUGCCCCGGGGCCACGACACGCAGGGCUGGGCACCACGGCUUCCAGCUGCCCCUGUGUGUGAGAUAGCUCUGUCCUUGCGUGCUCUCCUCGAGGAGCGGUUCCCCGACAGCUUCCACCCUCUGCAGGUUCCGUGUAGACCCUUUUCUUUGUACCUCAUCCCCUUUUCUCUGUACCUCAUCCUCUGCAGUCUUAGAGAUCCAGCUCAGCGUGUGGUUGGUUGGUGGUUGGUCCCUACGUGUGUCUUCCAUAGGCGGCUGCUGUGCGCAGAAGCUGUCGAUGUGAUGUUGUUGUCUCGCUCAUCGGGAAGGGAAGGGGUUGGUAGCCCUGGAGAGGAGGGACUUUGGGGAACUGCCUCCUGCUCUGCACGUGGGAGAGGACGCGGCAACGGAGCGCCCUGCUGAGUUACAGCUGCAAGAGGAGAACCUGGAGAAGGGCAAAAACGCGCAGAGGGCGAUGGCUGAGAAACAUCCGUAGCUUCUAGUAGGAGCUGUACAGAGUUUAUGUCCUGGAAUCCAGGAGGACAAUGUAACCCAGAUGUGUUGCAGCUGGGAGUCGGGCAGCCCCAGCUUCAUCCAGAGCCGUGGGUCGCUGCGAGCUGCAGAGCUGCCCCACAUCUUCCCGGCACCGCGCUCCGGUCCUGGGAGGCGGGGAUGGACGCGAGCGACGGCUGGAGGGGCAGGAGCCUUAAUUGCAUUCCCCCAUUUUUAUCCCUGUAGUCCUUCUGCUUUUAGCAGAUCCUUCUCUGACGAAGGACCAAGACAGAAUUCCGCAGGCCUCUCGUUCCCUCACCUUCAUCCCAAACCAUGAAGACGUGUGCCCGUGGGGUGGUUGUAGCGAGCUCCCGUGUGCCAGCAUGGUGCGUGUCUUCAUCCCGAUCCCUGCUGGGAUGCGCUGCCGGGAGAGCGUCACGUGCACCUUAAAACUGAGCAGCGUGAGAUGGGAAGCUGGGCACGCGGGGUUGAAGUCCCAAUGCUGCAUCACUGGGGAGAGGCGGUUGCUGUGGGAUUUGCAUCGUCUUCCCCGCGUCCCCAUCUUUUGCUGCUUGGCCACCACGUGGAGCGAGUGCAAGUGGAGCGAGUGCAACCCGUUCCUCUCCUGUCUGCAGAACGGGGUCGGCGUUAGCUCGUUGUGGGGCUGCUGGAGGAGCAGCUCCCACAGGUGUUAAGAUCUGAGCCACGUGGCUGCAAUGAGACGCACAUGACCGCGGCGUGCGAGCGCUGCGCCAGAGAUCUGCAACCUGCUGCCAAGAACUGGGGAUCACUGCCAGUAACCAAAGCCGUGCAGCCAGUUCCAAAAAAAGAAUUCCUUCUCCGUUACUGCUUCCUGCCCGGGUGCAGCCGUUGGAUGGCUGGCACGAAUGUUCCUUCUCCUCCACACCGCUGCUGCCAGCGAGGGGCGAGACAGGGAGUUGGAAUCCAUGGGAAUCCACGGGAAUCCAUUCCGAUCCAUCAGAUGCUGCCAGUGCUGUGCCCCGUCCUCAGUGUCAGCCCUGGGACGGACCGUGCAUGCUUUUCCUUUUGGGGGUUUGUAGGAUCGGGGUGGUGGGGGGGGGGGGGUCGAGCUGCCCCUUGUUUGGGCUGUUCCCUUCAGUGCAGCGCCCAACUGUGGGGAUAGGAAACGUCUUCAUCCUUCUUCGGUCGCAGCCCCAUCUCCCACCGGUUCCUGCUGCCACGCUCUGUGGGUCGGGAGAUGCCAGGUGCCCAAGCUCAGAAUCAUGAAGGUUGGACAGGACCGCUCAGAUCGUGCAGUCCAGCUGCCUGCCUACCACCAGCGCUGCCCACAGACCCCAUCCCUCAGUGCCACCUCCCCACCCUUCCCCAACGCCUCCGGGGACGGUGACCCCUGCCCCAUGCAGCCUGUGCCAGCGCCUGACCUCUCUUUUGGAGGAGUAUUUCCUGAUCUCUAACCUGCUCCCUCCGCAGCCUGAAAUCACCCAACUGUUGCUAAACCGCUCACUUGGAGUUGAGAUUUCUUUCUCGUGAUGCUUCAAUCAAACUUGAGCGAGUGACUUCCAGGCUCUGCUGAGCUCCGUGGGCUCUUCCAUUGCAUCUCCAGCCGGAGCGGUGCUGGGGCCGGGUGCCGGGUGGGCAGUUUCCUUCUGAGAGAUGUCUGCAGCUGCCUGGCACUGAGGAUGAGGUUAGGAUCUGGAUGCUCAUUUCGCUGCAGGAGGUGAACAGAGGAGGCUGAGCUGCGCGGUCCCAUUCAGUCACACUGAUCAAUCCCAGCGGCCGCACGCGGUGAUGGGAUUCAAAUCAUGGAGUCACCAAGGGUUGGAAAGAACCUCCAGGAUCAUCCCAUCCAACUGCACCCUGCUGCUGCUGAGCUGCCCCUCUCCAGGUCUGCAUCCCAGGGCCGCCUCCGUGACCUGCCUGGUUGGCUUUCUGCGUUGGGAUUGGCGUUUUUCCUGCAGGAAACGUACAGAUUCUGGGUUGUUCUCUCAGAAGGAGUUACCCCAGCUCGCUGCGAGGUUCCCCAAGUUCUGCGCUCAGCAUUUUGCCUGAGCCAGGAGCAGGAGGAGGAGGAGGAGGAGGAGGAGCAGCUCCGUGUGAGGAUCUCUGUGUUAAUGUGCAGAGGGCUGCAAACCAGCGCGGAUGGGUUGUGCAGGAAAGCAGUGGGCGUCCUUAUGAGCCAGCUCUGUAGCACAGGGGCAAAACCACAAGAGUAGGGUUUUCUUCUCGAAGCACGGGUGUUGGUGUAUGAAUAAUUGAGGUUUUGGGGCUGUCUUUUCCUCCUUCAUUUGCUCCCACGUCUCCGUAUCGGGUUCUCCCUUGAUGGAUUCCCAGUGUAUGGGAUGGUGCUGUGCCAUAUUUUCUUCAUCUUUUCGCCUUGGGGAGAAACACCCAUUGAGACAGAACACGGCAGCGAGAGGUGACGUCACUGGGAGCUUCAGGGCUGAACCCCAAGGCCAGCAAUGGGAAGCACACACUGGAAAUCUCCUGCGGUGCCUCUGCCAUUCGCGAGCAUCGUUCUGCAGAGGCCCCUUCCAUCUUCAUCCUGCAGAAACAAAACCCCUUCCUUCGGUUCUGGGUUUUGACCCCGAAGUUCUCAGCUUUGGGGUUGGGUGUUGGUUUAAGGUAACACCCGUUGCUUGGCUCGUUAGCGAGGUCUCGUUGCCGUGGUUAACGAGGAAGAGGAGGAUGGGCCGGUCCAUCCCACGUGGCUUUUGGAACCUUUUUGAUCCUAUAAGCAAUCGAUCUCCAAUUAAAACCAACCCGCUGGGUCUCUUGUGCUCCCCCUCCAUAGGAGCCAGGCGGGGCACGAGGUUGCUGUUGCUCAGGAAUUGAUUAGCAAACCUUUAACUACUACUAACGAUCCAUUCAGGAUGGAUUUAAAACCACAACCACCACGCGUGUUCUUAGAGCAGCGCUACGGGAUGUUUCCUAGGCAAUAGGGAUUAGCUUAUAUAUAAUUUAGCCGAUUCAACCCAAUUAUUUAAAACUCAAACUCCCCCUAAUUUAUCUUUUUGUUGUUGUUUUACACCGGUAAGUUGUCCCAUAAUUCCUCCCAUCCUUCCAUAGGAGUAGCACGAAUUCUGCUGUGUAUAUAUGUACGUAUAAUAUAUAUAUUCCCACCCCCCUUUCUAACGCCCUGCACUGUUAGUUUUUUUUUUUUUUCCCCCUCCCCUCACUUAAUUUCUUGUGUCUCUCCCUUGAUUUGUAAUGGAUACAAAUGCUUUGAAGUUUUGUCUUUAUAUUAAAGUGUAUGUAUUUUAAUACA